CCCUGAACCAUUAUCCUCCAUCUCACGUGACCCUGGCAACAAGAUACGACAGCAGGAUGCUAUAUAAACCUACAUCAGGCGAUGAAAACACACUUACGUUACAGCAGUGACUGACAGCAAGAUUUGGCUCUACAUCCCACAAGUAUACUACCCUUCCUGCUUUGACCAUCAGGCUGGUUGAAAAUGAAGACCCUCUAUUUCACGCUAGUUUUAGCUGUGGUUGUGCUUGUCGUCAGACUCAACAGUGCGACAGUAUGUGAACAGGAAGAGUUCCAGUGUUCAAACGGAGAGUGUAUUACAGAUAGAUGGCGAUGUGACGCUGAUAACGAUUGUCCGGGAAAGGAAGACGAGGUUGGCUGCACAUACACUUGUGGACCAGAACGUUACACAUGCAACAAUGGUCAAUGCAUCCCUGAGCACUGGAAAUGCGACACUGACCAAGAUUGCGACGACGGCAGCGACGAAAACAGCGGAGACGUGAUACGAUGUCCAGCUUGAUCCAGACCAUAUGCAAGACAUCAAAAACAUGAUGCACUCAUCAACAGAUCUGACCCAUCUUCACAGGGAUAGACACCAUGGUCGUAUCCAUAGGACUAGUGGUUACAAGACAUAACUAGAUUAUGGGGUGAAACAAAUUGUGUCUAGAUUGUUAAAAUCUCAGACUAAGGGACCAAUGACUGUCUAUCCGUGAUCCUUAACUUAUUAUUCAUCUGACACCACAAUGCCUCAACUUUAAAUUUCAUUUCAAGGGAGUGUCAAAUAUUCAAAUGAUUUUUAUAAAUAAAAAUAUAAAUGAAAAUUUAUUGC